UAGGCCACUUGGAAAAAGUCCCGGUGAGUUGGUGACGCAAUCCUAACGCGCCCGAGGAGUAGAAGCUGGCAGCAUAAUGAUGACAUCACAGGAGCUACAUUGGUCAGCGUGAAGGAAUUAGACCUGGAUCAAAUACAGUUGGGUUGAAAUCAGAAUGGCUGAUCCAAGCCUUGCUGCAAAAGACAAGUAUUUUCAGAGUUUGGGAAGCAAAAUAUGUGCAUCCCCGAAUCAGGAGCCGCGUAAACGAAAACUUGUUUCUAGAAGGGAGGGCUCAGAAGAUAGGACCCAACCUAAAAAGAAGAGGAAGAAAAGAAGAAAGGAAACAACCAAGGAGCUGAAAAAUUUUCAACCAGUGAAUGGGGAUCGGCCUAAAACUGUAGAAGGUGGAAUGAAAGAGAACAAUAUCCAGCAAAGUCCCAGAGUCAGCAAAGUGGAGACGAGUUCAUUUUCAACAGUAAACAUUCUGCGUCAGAGACUACAUGAGAAAAUUCAAGAAAGCCGUGGGCAGGGCAAUCCAAAUGGCUUGCUGCCUGAAGAAUUAGAGAAGAAACGCCUACGCAGGAAGCAAGAGAAGGAAAGGAAAAAACAAAAACGGAAAGAGAUGCGAAUGAAGAAAAAACAGAAAACUGUCCAGGAGGACAGCUCUGCAUCAAAGACUCAAGAUACAGAGAAAAAAGACACAUUUAAGAGAAUGGAAGAGCAACUACUUUUCAAUAAAGUGGAUGUGCCAUCUGAAGUAGUUAAAGACAAAAAGCUGAAGAGAAAAGAGAAACGGCAGAACAUUAAAGGUGGCAUCACACCUCUGACUGGCAAAAACUACAAGCAGCUCUUAACUAGGCUGGAAGCCCAAAAGAAUAAGAUGGAAGAAUUAAAGAGCAAAGAUGAAAAUAAAGCAAAGAAAGUCGAAGCCAAGAUGAAGUGGACCAAUGUUCUGUACAAAGCUGAAGGCCUGAAAAUCAAAGACAAUGAGGAAAUGCUGAAAGCAUCAUUAAAGAGAAAGGAAAAGCUCAAAUCCCAGCGGCAGAAGAGCUGGGAAAAACGAACAGUGCAUGUUGUCGAAAAGAUGCAACAUCAUCAAAAUAAGAGGAAAAGCAAUAUAAUGAAAAAGAAGCACGCCAAGAUAGAACGGAAGAAGGACAAGGCAAGAAAGAAGGGGCGUAUUCUACCCGAAGAUUUGAAAAAAGCCAAACUUUGAGGAGAGAGUUGAAUUUUCACGUGCCCAAAAAGGACCCACUUGGAUAUGCACAGUUCCUGGUGUGUCCAAUUUUGUGUGAAGCAUACAGUGAUGAUGUGUUGCUCAUAUUAGUGAUUUUCUUAACUGUAUGUUGAGUAAAGGACCCUGGUGCUGUUAAUAUCUGAACAGAUUUUCUAUUGACAUUAAAAAUUUUCAGCAUUUUUAAAA